UCCCGCUCCACCUCCUGCUGCUCCCCGGGACAACUCUGGGAAGUAAAGUAGAGAGUAGAGAAAACUCGGUGGAGCAGAAUAAAGUACGACGGAGUCUUCAACCCGGACCUUAAGUUCAGAGAGCAGCUCCAUGACCCAACUGGUUGUACUGGCCGUGUAGGUCUGGUCCGUCUGUCCUGUACUGGUUGCACUGGACUUGCACUGGUCGUGUACUGGUCUGCAUGGUGCGGAUCUGUCUGCAGACGCAGUGCCUACCUUUGCAGGUGUGGAGGCACCAUGGCAGCGAAGGUUCAGGUUUUGUACGACUUUGAAGCUGAACCAGGAAACAACGAACUGACCGUCAGAGAAGGAGAGACACUCUCUGUACUCAACCAGCAGGUCGGCGGGGGGUGGAUUGAAGCUCAGAACUCCAGAGGACAGACUGGUCUGGUCCCAGUCGACUACCUACAGAUAAAAGGUGUGGGACAGACGGCCCCUUCCUAUUCUGAUGCCGAAAACACACACUCUCAGGUUAACAACGACAACCAGCGCUGGACAGGGGGCGGAGCUUCUAGUGACGUAGCGGGUUUGAAUACACAAGGACACACACAAGCUGGGUUUGAGGACGAUGAUGGUGAUGAUGAUGAUGGUGAGUGGGAUGAUGAUUGGGAUGAAGGCUCCAUGGAAGGCCACGCCCCCGGAGCCACAGGGGAUGGAGAGGGCGGAGCUACAGGACGCAACACACACACCAUGAAGAUCUCACUCAACAAGUUCCCCUUCUCUAAGACCCCCAACCCGGAGGUCUUCCUCCUGGCCCCCCCCCCGAGAGGGACCGACCUGCUGCCCAUCUACAUGGGGGAGGUGGGGCCCGUCUGGCUGUACCCCCAGAGCCCCCUGGACUGUGAGGUCACGGACCCCAAGAAGGGAUCCAAGAUGUACGGCCUGAAGAGUUAUAUAGAGUACCAGGUCAUCCCCACGAGUACCCAACGACCUGUCAAUCACCGCUACAAGCAUUUUGAUUGGCUGUACGAGCGGCUGCUGGAGAAGUUUGGGUCGGCCAUCGCCAUCCCCGGCCUGCCUGACAAACAGGUGACAGGGCGGUUCGAGGAGCAGUUCAUCCGGGGCCGUAUGGAGCGUCUCCAGGGCUGGAUGAGGAGGAUGUGUCGCCACCCGGUGGUCUGUCAGAGCCACGUCUUCACCCUGUUCCUCACCUACCAGGACCAGAAGGAGUGGAAGCUGGGGAAGAGGAGGGCAGAGAGGGACGUGGCAGUGGGUCAGAUGAUCUUCUCCCUCAUGGACCCCGAAGCUCCAGAGAUGGACUCUGUAGAGGUGGAUCAGAAGUAUGAACAGUACAGUCGGUUCACGAAGGCGAUGGAGGACGGAGUGAAAGAGCUGCUCGGGGUGGGACAGACGCACUGGAAGAGGUGCACUGGACAGCCAGCCACUUCUCUCUGUCCAUUAGCUACACAUAGAGCUAGCCAACAAGCUCUAUGGCUAUCCAGCCAAAACUAUGCAGCCAAAACUGAGCAGCCGAAGAGAGACCUCCACUUCCUGUUGGAGACUAACAGGGAGUACAAAGGGCUGCUCGGAUGUUUCCCAGAAACCCUUGCUGUUCACAAGGCUGCUAUAGAGAAGGUGAAGGAUGGAGAUAAGAUGGUGGCCGCAGGAAAGAUCAGCACUCAGGAGAAAACGACGAUGAAGCAAAGACUGAGCUGCAUGUCCUACAGCCUCCAGGCUGAGAUGAAUCAUUUCCAUAGCAACCGUAUCUAUGACUACAACCGAGUGAUGCAACUCUACCUUGAAGGCCAGGUGAAGUUCUAUGAAGAGAUCGCCGCCAAGCUGAGACUCGCUCUGGCCCAGUUCACCAAGAUAUGAAGACAAACACACAUGCGCACACGCACACGCACACACACCGACACCCACACACACACCCACAACCACACACACACACACACACCCACACACACACACACGCAUACGCACGCACACACACCCGCACACAAGCACACGCAUGCACACACGCACGCUCGCGUACAUUCACGCGCACACUUACACUCACACACUCACACAUACACUCACACUCACACUCACACACUCACACACACUCACACUUACACUCACACUCACACGCGAACUCACACACACUUUCACUAACACACACAAAAAUAAAGCUCACACACUCUUUUGAGUGUAUAUCUGCAGCGGUUGGUCUACACAGUGUUCAUUGAACCCUAACAGACACAUUCACACUUUACUAGAGCUAGUUUGUGUUCGCUAAUAAAGCUCUAACUGACACACAGUUACUGUUAGGGGGCCUGCCCGUAAAUCCGACAACACAUUGAUCCGACGUCUCAAUGUUCCGAAAUAUUUCCCAUUAGAUCGACAUGCCACUAUGCCCACGGUUCAAUGUUCCGACAACGGAACCCAUUGGUCCGUUUGUCCGACUUUUCAAAAAGGAGGCGCAUUAGGCCGACGGUUCAAUAUGCCGAAUAGGCCUACUACAUAUAAAGAGUUUUAUACCUUGCUCUCGCUCUCUCUCGCUCUCUCUCGCUCUCUCUCACUCUCUCUCACUCUCUCUCCAAAAUACAACAUAGGCCUACAUAUCACGUUCACAAUGAAUAUUGGAGAGCAAGGUGACAACGCUUCACUUCAUUUCGACACAGUGUUUCAGCCCCAUGGACAGAGAGCGUAGGUCUAAUUCUCAACACGGGCACUAACUAAGUAAACGGUAUGAGGUAUAAGUUUGACUAAAUCAAUACCAGCGAAAUGAUUUAGGCUAAAAGCCCACUGUAAACACAGUAAACAACACAUAUAGGCCCACACACAGCUACUAAAGAUAACAUUUGUAUUUGUUUUUCACUCACCGUUUGACUUCUUUACGGGAAAAGUAUUAGUCCUUGUAUAACGUGCGCUUCAUAAAUUCACCUCUUGUGACCGUUCAAGCCCACAGCAACAGGCUGGCUUGGUGAAGAUCACUGCUGGAACUUAGCCCAUCGUCCUUUAUUUUUGGUUUCAUAAUCACACAUGUGGAAUUGGGCCUUGGCCUAUUCGGCGUAUUGAACCGUCGGCCUAAUUCGCCUCCUUUUUUAAAAGUCGGACAAACGGACCUUCGGACCAAUGGGUUCCGUUGUCGGAACAUUGAACCAUCGGCAUAGUGGCAUGUCGAUCUAAUGGGAAAUAUUUCGGGCCAUUGAGACGUCGGAAUUACAGCAUGGCACCACUGUUGGCACAUAUUUACGUGCUACCGUUAGUACAUAGCUACAUGCUCCAGUUAGCACAUAGCUACAUGCUACAGUUAGCACAUAGCUAUAUCACAUAAAUACAUGUUACUGUUAGCACAAAGCUAAAUGCUACAGUUAGCAGAUAGCUUCAUGUUAUAGUUAGCACAUAGCUACAUGGCAUAGCUAAAUGUUACAGUUAGCACAUAACUACAUGCUACAGUUAGCAGAUAGCUACAUCACAUAGCUACAUGCUACAGUUAGCACAUAGCUUCAUGCUACAGUUAGCACAUAUAGCUACAUGGGGUAUUUGAAUGUAUUAAAUCCAUAGGAUGAAAUAAGUGGAUAAUAUUUAUAUGAUACAUUGUACCGACAUGGUUCUACCAUCACUUCACUGGAGGCAGACGUCUGAAGUGAGUCAAAGAAGUUAUUCCUCGUUAGCCCUCAAGGUACGGCCACACCAACCGCGUUGCUCGCGUUAGGGGCGUUGAAAAUCGGCAUUUUUGCAUAGGGAACCAUUGGUCUAGGCGCAGUACACGCGUUGAAGCGUUGAAGCGUUGCGUUGGGGUGUUAGGCGCGACAGUUGCACGUAAUUACGCACGUAAACGCAGUAACGCGCCCAACGCACCAACGCCCGGAGUUCAGAAAAUUGAACUUUCAACGCUCCAACGCGUGACGCUUAGCGGUAGCCAAUCAGCGUGGAGCUUGACCCGACGUCACUGGCAGAGAGUAGUGAGCUUGCACAGAAGCAUACGGCCGACAUCUUUCUUUUUUCUUCUGGGUGGAAAUAGUAACAUAGUUACGCCAUUAAAUGCGUUUAUGGAAACAUUUCUAGGGAGAAAUGUGCAUUUUACUUUCAUAAUGUUCGCUCGGUGAAUGUGAAGGAUGUUUGGUUUGAUAGUUAUGACGAAGAGGGAACGCUCCAUUCACUUGCAUGGACAUGGACUCAUCCAGCUGCGUUGGCGCGUUGACGCGUUGGAAGCGUUGAACCACCACACACUGGUCAAGCGUCAGGUUAGGCGCGGUACUCGCGUUGUCCAACGCGAGUAACGCGGUUGGUGUGGCCGCACCAUCAGAGCGACUUUAGCCACAGUUCAGUUUAGCUUCAAUGAGGGACGUUUAUGUCCUGAGGCGUGUGGGACUGCUCAGGGUCUUCCUUUAUAGUUAGCAUGUUGUUGUUGUUGUGUUCUAAUACUUUACAGUUAUCAGGUUGUUGUUGUUGUGUUGUUGACAUAUUAAAUAUCUGCCCUACUAAAGUGUGUCUUCAAUAAAACCGCUUUUGUUGCCGUGGCAGUGGGUUACCAUGGUGAUCAGCGGGUUACCAUGGUGAUCAGCGGGUUACCAUGGUGAUCAGCGGGUUACCAUGAUGAUCAGCGGGUUACCAUGGUGAUCAGCGGGUUACCAUGGGGAUCAGCGGGUUACCAUGGGGAUCAGGGGGUUACCAUGGUGAUCAGCGGGUUACCAUGGGGAUCAGCGGGUUACCAUGGGGAUCAGCGGGUUACCAUGGGGAUCAGCGGGUUACCAUGGUGAUCAGCGGGUUACCAUUGGGAUCGGCCUCGUUUGGGUUCACAUACGGAAUGGUCCGGAGCACCACGUCGUCAUGGAGACCGUGAGACGGCGACCGGAGCCUGGCUCCAUGGGGGGGUGACCUGGGGGUCAGUGGUCGCCUGGGGGUCGGGUUUCACCUCAGGGUUGGGGUCUCCUCGGGGUCGACAAAUAAUUGUAUUUGUUCAAACUUUAUUAUCGUUGUUUUAAACAGGACUCAUUAACUAGCUUACUACACCAGUGCUUUUAACAAUGCCAGCUUACUAAACCAGUUAACUACCACCUCAACAGUACUAGCUCACGACUCGCUAGUAACCCAAAAAUCCGAGAUCUGCUCUCCCAGGGGUGUCACAGCUGGUCCUGUUUCUAUAGAGACCACAGAUCCCGUUGCUAUGAAGACAGGUGUGCUCAGGGUCCGGUUGCUAUGGAGACUAGUCUCCUCUGGGUCCGGUUGCUAUGGAGACGGGUGUGCUCUGGUACUGGCUGCUAUGGAGACAGGUGUUCUGCAGGUCUGUUGCUAUGGAAACGGUUGUGCUCCAGGUCCUGUUGCUAUGGAGUCGGGUGUGCUCUGGUACUGGCUGCUAUGGAGACAGGUGUUCUGCAGGUCUGUUGCUAUGG